CGGGAGCUACUGGACGCUGUUUACAACCCUCAGCUUCGGCUACACAGAGCAGAUGUUGAGCAGCUGUUGGUGGUUAAAGAAGAGGUUCCCCCUGAGCAGCAGGAGUGUAUCUCCAGUGUGGACCAGCAGGAGCCAGAGCCCCCCCCACACAUUAAAGAGGAACAGGAGGAACUGUGGAGCAGUCAGGAGGGAGAGCAGCUUCAAAAUGAUGACAGUGCUGAUUGGAAGGAGACCAGAGAACCUCAGUCAGCUUUAAACUCUCUGAAACAUGAUUCAAGAUGUAAGAAAACAUUCAGCUGCUCUGAGUGUGGGAGAAGAUUUGGCUUCAAGUCACGUCUGAAGAUGCAUAUGAGAAUCCACACAGGAGAAAAACCGUUUAGCUGCAGUGUUUGUAAUAAAUCGUUUACACGAAGUGGACAUUUACAAAAACACAUUAGAAUCCACACAGGAGAAAAACCUUUCAGCUGCUCUGAGUGUGGUAGAGCUUUCACUGUAAGUGGAACCCUGAAGAGACACAUGAGGACUCAUUCUGGAGAAAAAUCUUUCAGCUGCUCGGUCUGUAAGAAAUGUUUUUCACAGAGUGGAUCUUUACAGAAACACAUGAGAAUCCACACAGGAGAGAAGCCUUAUAGCUGCUCAGUCUGUAAGAAAUAUUUUACACAUAAUGGAGAUUUACGUUCACACAUGAGAAUCCACACAGGAGAAAAGCCUUUUAGCUGCUCAGUUUGCAAUAAAUAUUUUACACGGAGAGGAGAUUUACAGAAACACAUGAGAAUCCACACAGGAGAGAAGCCUUUCAGCUGCUCAGUUUGUAAUAAAUCUUUUACACAGAGAGGAAGUUUACGGUCACACAUGGCAGUCCACACAGGAGAAAGAAGAUACAGUUGCAGUGUUUGUAACAAAAGAUUUGCCUGGCGUUCUGAUGUCAAAACACAUAAAUGUGUUUGGGGCCUUAAACUGUGUCGAAGCUCGCUGGGAGGAGAGACGCUCGAUGCAGAAACCUGGCUUCAUGAUGGCGAGCUCACGCCAUUUUCUGAACUUCUUCCUCCCCGAUGUGGCUUCCUCAGCUCCCCUCGGACCACAGCGAUUAAAGAAGACGAGCCGGAGGCCCCCCCACACAUUAAAGAGGAAGAGGAGGAACUGUUCCCAUUCAGCCCUGUCCCCGUGCAGAGUGAAGAUGAUGAAGAGAAAGCGAUUAAAGAAGACGAGCCGGAGGCCCCCCCACACAUUAAAGAGGAAGAGGAGGAACUGUUCCCAUUCAGCCCUGUCCCCGUGCAGAGUGAAGAUGAUGAAGAGAAAGAGAUGGAGCGACACCGGGAACUCACGGAGGAGACCAAGCUGCGGGGAGAAGCUGCCGCUGCUACCACCACUCCUGCCGUAGGCCCCAGCGGAGCCGCUACAGUGACUGCCCCCAGCAGAGCCGGGACAGCUGGGAAGACCAGCGACCUGCGAGCGGCAUUUGGCUCGAAUGCGGCUUUGGAAGCGGAGGUGUUCUGGUGUCUGAACACUGCAGUGAAGCACCACUCAUAUGCAUCCAACGAAGGUGUCUCUUGA